GUAUUGACCUAGAUUAACAAUCCGCAUAGUUACCACACGUUAUGUUAUCAUCAAGAAAUAAUUCUGCAAAAACUAUUGUUUAAUUAGGGAAUGUGCUCAAAGGCUACAGACAGUGAUCAGAAAAUAUCAAAGGCUUUGUAGAUGCUGACUUUUAGUCCACUGCGGAGAGCUCAGUGCAGCGAGACGGGGAUUCUCCAUACGUAAUCGACACGUCGUUGUAUUACAAGCACAUCGGGGAAUCCCCAGUUGCUUGUGGUGCUAGUCUGCUAACACAGACCUCUGUUCUGUGUGACAAACCAGGAAGCACAGCGCGUUUUAUCAAAUCUAGUACACGACGCAACAUACAAUCACAACACGAAUAUAACCAGAUUCCAUUUCAUUCAUGCAUUAGAUGUUGGGCUACUCUAGGGUUUGCCUGAAUAUUUUAGGUUAUACAUUCAAAAGAAACAUUACCGCUGGCUGGUGCUGGAGACUACUCGCCUAUUAUUCGUGACCGUUGUUGAAUACGGUUUGACCAUGGAGCUAUUAGCUCUAUGGUUUGACAUAAACGAAACGCACCAUAACAAAGACGAGCUGCAUUCUGUUGUAUAUGAAUCGCGAACGUAUUUUUAUACGGAAACACAUAGCGCCGACUGUAUUUCACUCGAUGAAAAAUAGUGCAAUGUAGAACCUUCAUCCUGCCACGUUUAGAGCCUUAGUUUGAGCUGGAUAUAUAUGAAUAUGGCAGAGGACAUCGGUGAAAGUGUAAUCCCGAGGGAGAAAGAUGCGAAUGGCAAUUCAUCUGCUAUUGUGAAGGAGGGUGAAACCAGCAGCGUGGUUGACUUUGACGACAUGGAUUUAACACAACUGAGAGACAUCUUUGUACCGGACGCACUUUCCAAACUAUUCAGCACAGAUGGCUCUGCAGCUGUUGCUGUCGAGAACAAAGAAGCAGGACAUGGGGCUAUCACGACAGCGGACAAUCAUGGAUUACAAGAUCUGGCAGGUAUCAUAUUCCAGACCAUGACUGACUUGGAGAACUGGCUGUACGAGACACAAGCGGGUAAAGAUUUUCAGGGAGUCAUUCUUCGGAAGUUGCCCGACCUUAAGGACCCACUGGAAGUGGGACUGCGCGAACUCUUUCAUUUCCUUUAUCCAGUCCUUAGCCAACUGAAGGAUAGGUCUCAUCCACAUUUCCAGGACAUAGAACAAUGGUACUCGAAUUAUCACUUGAUUUUGAAGGCUGGUGUCAAUUUUCUUCAUGGAGGAAUUGUGAGGUUGAUGAAGAGAAAUGCUGGCAAAGGAAAGAGUACUUUUGAUGUGUCCAAAAUUAUCAGACAGGUGCUUAACAUCCGCCAGGUUAAUGAGGUCUUCACUCGCCUUCCAAGUCUCUGUCGGACGCAAGCAGGAAUGGCUUCCCUCCGAUCGGCAUAUCUACAGAUCCCCGAGCCAAUGAGACCCAACGAGACGUUUUACCGCAGUCUUCCCAACAUGGUUCUAACUGUCUACCAGCAGCUGAAGGAGCCCUCAAAUCCCAUUUUCCGGUUGAUAGAAAGUUGGUUUGCAGACAUUGACGAGCUUUUGAAAAUAGCUUUAGAUGUUCUACACGGGGCUGUCAUGGGCCUGAUCAGUAAUGAGGCUUGCAAGGAGUUCGGUCCAUUAGACCUGACAGCAAUGUUCAAACAGAUGGUAAAGGCACAUGAGAUGUUGGAAUCUUCUUGCCAUCAUCUUAUUUUUGAGACUGCCACCGGUAGGGAUUUCUACAAGGUCGUUACUCUGGAAUUACUGUCACCUGCACGUCCGAAUGACGGUCAAUAUCGCAAUGUCCUUAUGGUGAUUGGGCUAAAUUUUCUCCGAGUAAAAAAGAAGAACCAUCCUCCAUUCGAACCAAUAGAACGAAUGUUAGGAGGAGACCCGGAACUUCUGUCUGUGUUCGUGAAGGCAUACAUGUCCGUACUUGUGUGGUCCAUCAACAAAAAACAAAAUUUCACUCUCCACAUCAAUGUAUUACGGAUAUUAAAUGAGAUCAAUGAGAAAUAUGGGUGCCCAGUGUCUCGCCGAUGGUUCUGGCUUAAAGGUUUAGAAUCUCACGAUCAACUUCGCCGGGACUUGCUUCAGUACAGCUUGACGAAUAGAUCCGAAUCGAAUACGUCUAAGCCUUUCUCGUGGCUUGAUGUGCCCUUUCUGCUCAAUGUUAGAACGAAAUGGAAAUUUGUGUCACUUGAAGCUGUGCUCACCAUGGAUCGGGACAAGUUGAAAGCAGAGAAAGAAAACAAGAUCAGGAGACAAGUGAACAAAACAAUCUAUGCCAAAUGGUUUCCGCACGCCCAGGCCCCAAUCAUACCAACGAGUCUCCAGUUCCACGUUGAUCGCGAUAACAUCGUCCAGUCGGCGAUCGAAAAUGUCAACAAAUAUUGGCAUGAUGAUGAACAUUGGGAAUCCAACUCUGUCUGGCUAAGGGCUCUGGAAAUACACUUCGAAAGGGAGUCUGCCAUAGAUCUUGGUGGGCCAAGCAGGAUUUUUUUUCACAAUCUGUUCUCGGCUGUGCUGGACCCACGUAUGUCCAUGUUUAGGGAGAUGGACGAAGACGCUACGUCAUCGCAUGUAUGGUUCAAUCAGGCCUAUUUGGAUCACGUUACCUUAGAGAAGAUUGGGCUCCUCUUUGCCCUUGCAAUCUACAAUGGAGCUGUCCCUACAGUGCCUUUCCCCGAGCAGCUCUACGAAAAACUUCUUUCGAACCGAAACCCAGGAUCUACUGAUCUGGAGAAAAUGGACCAAGAGUUCGUCAAACAGCUCUACACUCUCCGUGAAUUGGAUGAGGAAGAUUUGAAAGCGAUGGAAUUCGACUUCGGUGAUCUACGACCAGGGGGAGAGGACGUCAGUGUCACAAAGGAGAACUUGGAAGAGUACAUUAAUGCGAUGAUCAAUAAACGGUUGGCCAUUCCGCAACUUACGGCCUUCGCCAAGGGAUUCAACAGGAUAGCCUCAAAGACACCUCUGAUGAAAAAUAUCUUCAAAGCAGAAGAUCUGAGGGAUGUUGUCCUGGGAGAAGAGCUGGACUGGAACGCUUUCAAAUUUUGUUAUAUAUAUUUCCCCCUACGUACCAGACCACCCGUCAUCAAGAUGUUCUGGAAGGUGUUUGAUGAACUGGAAGAAAUUGAGAAAAGGCAGUUCCUCAAAUUCCUGACAGGUGCAGACCACGUUCCUGUAGGCGGCUUUGUUCCUUUCCCAAUCAGGCGAUUGAACCAUCUGACUGAAAAAUACCGACAUCCAAUUGAACGUGAUAAGUACCCAGAGCCAAGCCAGCUAAUGCCAGAGGUGAUGACCUGCAGGGGAGUACUGUCAAUGGAUCUACCCGAGUACACAUCCGAGGAGGACCUGCGUUUCCGACUCAAGUUGGCUAUUCAGACAUCCGGGUUCCAUCGAGAGGGACCAAUCAAUGCAGAGGCACGUUCCCCGCAAUCGCAGAUGCUGCAACAGGUUGUUCGCAGCUUACACCUUUUGUUCAGUGGAGGUCGAUGAUCCUUGGUGUUGCAGUCCACGGUGUUUAAAAACUUGAUCCUCCGGGCAAUGCAUCAGAUGAUUCGGCCUUUCCUCCUUGGAAAAUUUGCACCUUAACGGAUCCUGGCGUUCAGAAACAAGGUGCUCUGUCACCGGUACUCGAAGAAGAUUACUUGAAAACGGAAGAAUGAAAGUGCUAAUUAAAAUUAUGACGAGAUAAGCGGACGAGAAGACGGUUUUAACAUGGACGUACGGCAUUUGGCAAGAAUAAAGGUUGUUGGGACUCGGCAGGUCGACUUGUUUGGGGCACGAAAGCAAGAUGACGAGUUGUUACUCGGAAAGUAGACUUCUUUGGGAAAAGAACACGCGACAAUUUGCUGACACUUGGAAAUCGACUAAUUUGGGAUGUGAAGGGAACACGUCGAGUGGUGAGAGCUUUCAAAGUCGACUUUGAAGACAAGAAGACAGGAUUUCUAAGAUUUGGGAAGUAGACUUGUUUGGGACAGAAGGUUAAGAUCAUCAACAAACUGACUAUAAGGUACAAGUAAUUUAUCAUAGCAUAUACAAGAAACGAAAUUUCCGAUCCAGACGCUAUUAGAACAAUGGCAAGAAUAUAUAUAUGAUUCAUUUUAAAACAAUCUUUAUCGAGAAAUCCACGUGUUUUGAAUGCUGAAUUAUUCUUGGUAUCAUUGAUAACCACUAAUACAUAUUUGUAAAGGGUUGGUAUGUUAAACCUGAUUUAUGCUCUUUUUGUUCAGCUCUCGCUAAAACUAGUACUUAUUUAUUUGCGGAUUGCCACAGUCAGCGGUUCUUUACAGAACUUCAGAGAGGGGGUACAGUUACAUUUAUCUAACUAAGUAGGCUUAAAUUGUGUUGAAACUAAAGUAAUUUUUUUUCGAAUUGGUAUGUUAAACCUGAUUUAUGCUAUUUUUGUUUAGCUCUCGCUAAAACUAUUACUUAUUUGCGGAUUGCCCUUGACACUCGGCGGUUCUUUACAUGAUUUCGAAUAACAAAUUCUCUCUUAACUAAAAUAAAUAUACCUGGUAAUUUUGUAGUUGCAUAUAAACCAGUUGGAAAACAAUCUUAUUUCAAUUUUGGUACCUUUUCAACUAAAUGAUUAAAAGAUUAUUUAUCAUUCUCAUCAGGAUGUAAUAAAUUAAAAUAUCGACAUGAGAAAAUACGAACCAAGCAAAUGCAACAAUAGAUCUUGAUAAAUCGA